AUCCAAUGCACGGCCCGCGGCGUCUCGAGGUCGUCGACAUUCAGUCCAAACAGGUGACGAUUCGCUGGGAGCCGUUUGGAUACAACGUGACCCGCUGCCACAGCUACAACCUGACAGUGCAGUACCACUACAGACCAGCAGGGGCCCCCAGCAGGGAGCCGGUAAAGGAGGAGGUGGUGUACGACACUCUGAGCUCCGUGCCUCAGCACACCGUACGUAACCUUCCGCCGUUCACCAACGUCAGCCUGCGACUCGCCCUGAGUAACCCAGAGGGACGCAAGGAGAGCGAGGAGCUGCUGGUGCUGACGGACGAGGACGUCCCUGGAGCCGUCCCCGUGGACUCCAUCGUGGGCAGCAGCUACGAGCAGCAGAUCAGUCUGAGCUGGAGAGAACCGCUGCAGACGUACGGCCUCAUCCGCCAGUAUGAGAUCUCCUACAAAGCCCUGAGCUCCUUUGACACAGAGUUCGACCUGUCCAAUCAGAGCGGCAAGGUGUUCAAACCGGCCAAUGAGACCAGCCACGUCUUCAUGGGCCUCUACCCAGGCUCCACCUACUCCUUCACAAUAAGAGCCUCCACCGUUAAGGGCUUUGGACCUCCGGUGAUCACCCAGUUCACCACCAAGAUCUCAGCUCCUCUGAUGCCUGCGUACGACCAGGAGUCUCCUCUCAAUCAGACCGACUCCACCGUCACCGUCCUGCUGAAACCAGCUCAGAGCCGAGGAGCUCCUGUCAGUAAGUACCAGGUGGUGGUGGAGGAGGAGCGCCCCCGCAGGCAGAGGAGGGACACUGCAGAGAUCUUGCGUUGUUACCCGGUGCCCAUCCACUUCCAGAACGCGUCUCUGCUCAGAUCUCAGUAUUACUUCAGUGCAGAGCUGCUGAUGAGCGAGCUGAGAGCGCCAACCGCCUUCUGUGUGGGUGAUAACAGGACCUAUAACGGUUACUGGAACGCCCCUCUGCUUCCUCAUAAGAGUUAUGGGAUCUACUACCAGGCUGUCAGCACUGCUAACGGGGAGACAAAGAUCGACUGUGUGCGCGUCGCCACCAAAGCUGCUAUAAUCGUCACUCAGCUCACCACGCCGUACAUUCGCAUCGCACCGGCAGCUGGUGACAAGCAGCUAACAGGAGCUGCGACCAGAAAACCUGAACCCGAACAAGAGAAACAAUCGGACCACACGGUGAAGAUCGCCGGGUCCAUCGCAGGAGUCCUGCUCUUCAUCAUCAUCUUCCUCGGAGUCAUUCUGCUGAUGAAGAAACGGAAGUUGGCGAAGAAGAGGAAGGAAACUCUGAGUUCAAGACAGGAAAUGACUCUUAUGGUCAACAACUCACAACAUACCAUGGUGGACACACACACGCACACAUUGAAUGGACGCACUGUGUCGUCUCCGUCCUCCUUCACUCUGAAGUCCAACACCAUCAGCACCACCGUCCCCAACUCCUACUACCCAGAUCCAUUCGUACCGACAGCCAUUCUUGGUGAGACACUUUUCUUUUCUUCCUCUGUAGGACAGACAAACUACCUGCACAGGUAGACAGACAGGAAGUGAACACACACACAGAGACACACAGGUGAGACAG